CAUGUGGUAGUUGUGUUUCGCAUGUGAGCUGUGAGAAAACUGCGUUCUGUUUGCGGUUUGCCUGAGUCUGUCAUCAUGGGCAAGAUCUAUCUGACGCUGCCGGCGUGCCCGGUACGCCUGAACCUGCGAGGCGGCCUGGAGGCGCUGUCCCAACAGCUGACCGCCUCCGUGUCCCGCCUCCACUGCCCCAGCCUUCCCACAAUGCCUGCCGUCCGGGGUCGCAAGGGCUGGUGUGGCUGCCUCCAGAAUGAUGAGCCACCGGAGAUCACGUACUGUGUGGUGGAUCAGACGGGGACCCUGUCCCUACAGGCCCUCACUCCGACUCAGCCGAUGCCCGCGGAGGAGGAGCUCAACGCCAAGUUCGCCGAACUGGUGGAAGAGUUGGACCUUACAGCGCCCAACAAGGCAGCUAUGUUGAGUUUGCCUUCCGAAAAGAAGUGGCAGAUUUACUGUAGUAGGAAAAAGGAUGAAGAUGGUAAAACAGACUUAUUGCACUUGCCAGAUCACUACAUCGAACGGGUGCACUCCCUAGCAAUGCUGCAGUUCCCCGUAGAUUCAGAGGAAGAGGUGAGGUCACGCACGCGGCAGCUGGACGGACUGAAGACUGCACUGCGGACCCAGCCUCACAGUUUUGUGCUGCGCUUCAUUGAGCUGGAUGGAUUGCCAGCCCUGCUGGGUUUUCUGUCUACCAUGGACUAUGCCACUGCACAGAGUUCCAUUCACACAUCCCUCAUUGGAUGUGUCAAGGCUCUUAUGAACAAUUCGAAUGGACGAGCCCAUGUACUGGCACACCCAACAGGCAUCAACACCAUCGCCCAGAGCCUCAGCACAGAAAACAUCAAGACCAAAAUUGCUGUACUUGAAAUCUUGGGAGCUGUGUGCUUGGUGCCUGGAGGUCACAGGAAGGUGCUGGAAGCCAUGCUGCAGUAUCAGAAGUUUGCUUCAGAGAGAACACGAUUCCAGGGCAUUGUGAAUGAUCUGGAUCGCAGUACGGGGAUCUACCGAGAUGAGGUGAAUCUGAAGACAGCCAUCAUGUCCUUUGUGAAUGCCAUCCUUAACUAUGGCCCGGGUCAAGAGAAUCUUGAUUUCCGCCUUCAUCUUCGAUAUGAAUUCCUGAUGCUUGGUAUCCAGCCAAUUAUUGACAAGCUUCGUGGCCAUGAGAAUGAGACUCUUAACAGGCAUCUAGAUUUCUUUGAAAUGGUGAGGAAUGAAGAUGAAAAGGAAUUAGCAAGGAAGUUUGAAAAGGAACAUGUGGAUACAAAAAGUGCAUCAUCAAUGUUUGAGCUGCUGAGACGGAAGCUGAGCCACACAGCUGCUUAUCCACACCUUCUGUCCCUGCUCCAGCACUGCAUAUUGUUGCCAUUGGACUAUGGGUCCCACCCUCAGCAUUGGAUGCUCUUUGAUCGCAUUGUCCAGCAGAUCAUCUUACAAAGUGAGAAUGGUGAUAACCCCGACCUCUCACCUCUCAACAUCAAUGUGAAGGAACUGGUUCGCCUACUGGCAAGGGAGGAAGAGCUGAUUGCAGCAAGGAACAAGGCUGAAGAACUUGACAGGGAAAAUGUGGAGAUUGCUACAAAACUUGCAAAAAAGGAGCAGGAACUGGACCUCAGGACGCAGGAGAAGGAAGAUAUGGAGACAAAUUUGACACGCGUGAAAGAACGAUUGGAGAAGGAGACAGCGGCACAUCUAGAGACCAAACAGCGUGUUUCAGAACUUGAAUAUCGUGCUUCUGAGUUAGAUCGACAGGUGAAUUGUGAACGAGGAGAGAGACAUCGCUUGGAGAGGCUUGUCAGCUCAGGGAGUCUACCAGAUGACACCAAGCCGUCAGCCCAAGUCUCUGCAUGCAACCGGCCCGAAGUGCCUAAGAAGAAUGUGCCACAACCUUCAAACCCCCUGAAGUCUUUCAACUGGUCCAAACUGCCUGACGCCAAGGUUACAGGCACAAUAUGGUCAGAACUGGAUGACACGAAGCACUACAUUUCCAUGGAACUGGAGAGUAUUGACAGGCUCUUCUGUGCCUACCAGAAGAAUGGUGUUGCAAAUGAUGGAUCUAUAGAAGAUUUGCGGCAAAUUGGGAAAAUCCGAGCCAAGAUUUUGUCUGUAAUAGAUGGAAGGAGGGCUCAGAAUUGCACAAUUCUGCUCUCCAAGUUGAAGAUGUCUGAUGAGGAUAUUUCCAAAGCAAUUUUGAGCAUGGACAACAAAGACCAGCUGCCGAUUGACAUGGUUGAGCAGCUGCUCAAGUUCAUUCCGAGCGCAGAGGAAGCAGCUCUGCUAGAGGAACAUAGUGAUGAGAUAGACAGCCUUGCCAGAGCAGACAGGUUCCUCUAUGAGAUUUCCAAGAUUCCACACUAUGAACAGAGACUGCGGAGCCUUCAUUACAAAAAGAGGUUUAAUGUGUGGAUUGGGGAAGUCCAGCCCCGCAUCAAGUCUGUGAUGGAAGCGUCACGGGAAGUGGCACGUUCACGUCGACUGCGUCGGCUGCUGGAGUUGGUUCUGGCACUGGGUAAUUACAUGAACAGGGGAGCUCGAGGUAAUGCAUCUGGCUUCAGGCUCACAUCGCUGAAUCGUCUCGCAGACACCAAGUCCAGUGCGGUUAAGGGCACCACCUUGCUGCAUUAUCUGGUUGAGAUCUUGGAGAAGAAGUUCAGGGAUGUUCUGAAGCUUGAAGAAGACAUUCCUCAUGUGAGGGAAGCUGCAAAAGUUAACAUGGGGGAGUUGGAGAAGGACAUGGGCUUCCUGCGCAAUGGCCUGAAAGAGGUUGAGCGGGAGAUCGAGUUCCACCGGUCACAGCCCGUAGCUACUGGAGACCGGUUCCUGCCUGUCAUGAAGGAAUUUCUCUCCUCAGCAACUUGCCGCUUCUCAGAACUGGAGGACCUUUUCCAGGACAUGAAAACCAGGUUUGAUCGAGCUGUAAGACUGUUUGGUGAGGAUAACUCGACAAUUCAGCCAGAUGAUUUCUAUGGAAUAUUUGAUGCAUUCCUCACAGCAUUCAUCGAGGCUCGCCAAGACAAUGAGAACAUGAAACGUCGCCGAGAAGAAGAGGAAAAGAGAGCUGUCCAGGAAGCAGAACUGAAGAAGCGGACAAUGGAGCGGAAGAACAGCAGGGAUGGGAUUCUUGCCAAAGUUGGGAACAGCCUUAAGAAUGGUUUAACGAACGGACUGUCAGCUGGAGGACGUGAGAGCAGUGGUGAUGCGAAGGGAGAAUUUGAUGACCUUAUAUCAGCCCUGCGCACAGGGGAUGUGUUUGGCGAGGACAUGGCAAAAUUCAAACGUAGCCGCAAAUCCAGAAUCUCAAGCAACGGGAACUCACCUCCUCACAUGAACAGUUUGAACAGGGAGGAUAGUAGAGAGAGGGUUCUCAGUAACAGUAGACGAGGCCAGUAAUUUCAAGAGUGCUCGGGAGUGAAGAUAUUCGUUACCGACUGAUGUUUAACUAAUUGUGUCUCAUCAAAGGCAAUUCGAGCUGCAGUCUGCAUGUUACAUCUGUGUGUAUUAAAUGUGAUAUUUUGUUGAUGUUCACCAGGUAUAUGGGACAUUGCGAUGUUUGCAUGAAAGGGUCACUAGUAGCUGAAUAACUUAGUUACUCUUCUGGUGACCUAAACUACAUCUGACAUAUAAAGGCUACAGAAGGGCCACUGCAC